GUCGUCCCUCAGGCUAAUCCUCAGACUAAUACUCAUGAUACCUCUCAGACUAACGCUCCUGUCAACGUUCAAGUUACUGCCGCUCCUGUCAAUAAUAUUAACUUUACGGUCCCACCCGCUGCUCCUGCUCCU